GUGCGGUCACAGGCGCCCGGGGACGGGGGGAGGGAGGGAGGCCCCGCUGUUUAUACAGGUCGGGGAUGGCCGUCAGCUCAUAACGAGGAUCAGGAUUGGGCCAGUGGAGUGUGAGAGCAGCGGGGCAUGUGAACGGCAUUCACCACCGUGUUGAUGGAGCGGACCAGGGAGGAGAUCCAGUGACCUUGACAACGAGGACAGACGAUGCUCAUACAAAGUCUCGAUGACGGAGGUCCUGGCAAGGUUUGAUGAUCUGCUGCUGCUCGAAUUGACAAAUCAUUGCCUCCAGAGGCUGGAAGAGGCGAUUCAAGAGGUGGUGGUAGAAUGUCAUUUUCGUUCUAGCAUACGAGAGAUAUUUCAGUGACCAAAAGUACAAGCAAAUCAUCAAAGGCACAAAUAAAGGAUAACGUGCGGCCAGUUCCAGACUUCUCCUCAAACUGGUGACAGAGAAAGAGCCCCGGGUCCGAAAACUGAUAUGGAAACGCUUCGUGAAAAUGCACAACGUGCUCUCCAAAUGCGAGGAAUUGCUGAAAGCAAUGGGGGAAGGUGGUACAGGACAUGCAUGGUUCGAUAUGGAAUCUGUUCUUAUCAUCAAAACACAACCCGCACUCAUUCCAUGAACUGAUUCCACCAAUUUGUGAUCUGAUCGAAUCGUUCAAAGCCAUGCAGGCUUCCUUGGAACUAGCUGCUGAACUGAAAGAUGUUCGGCAGAUGCACAGGGAGAUACUGAAGGCACAGACGGAAACAUUGAGAGUGAACAUGUUCCUGAUGACGGAGAAGGUUAAGGUGUUCCCACUGGUUGAUCGAUAUGCUGAGCUCACGAUUAUCUUCACUGUUCGAGAUCGGGACGUAGUGGAACAUGAGCUGUUGGCAAGAGGCCGGGACCAUGAAGUGUGGAGAGAGGAACUUCUCGGGGGAGAGUUUGAAAAAAUUCGAACUGAUCAGUUAUUCCAGAGCUUUUGGGCGAGGAAAUCCAAAUCAGGCAGUUCGUCUUCUGUGGCUGGAGUUGCGGGGGUCGGAAAAACAACAAUGGUGCAAAAAAUUGUUUAUGACUGGGCUGCAGGAAAAAUAUUCCAACAAUUCCAGUUUAUCUUCAGUUUCAAAUUCCGAGAUUUAAACACGAUUAAAGACAGGAUAACCCUGAACGAACUGAUUCUGGAUCAGUAUCCUUACUUUAGGAAUAUCCUGGGAGAAGUCGGGAAGAACCCAGAGGGAUUGCUAUUUAUAUUUGAUGGCUUGGAUGAAUUCAAGGGCAUAAUCAAUUUUGCUGAGAGUCAGAGAGACACAGAACCUCAGCACCAGUGCCCAGAUCCUGAAUCCCGGUGUGAAGUGUCUGACAUUGUGUACAGUUUAAUCCAGCACAAGCUGCUCCCAGGGUGUUCAGUGCUAGUGACCACCCGCCCCACUGCGUUACAUUUAUUGGAAAAGGCAGAGAUCAGUGUCUGGGCUGAAAUCCUGGGAUUUGAUGGUGAGGAGCGGAAGGAAUAUUUCACCAGGUAUUUUGAAGAUCAGUCGGUGGCAGCAGCUGUUUUCAAACAUGUGAAGGAGAACGAGAUCCUGUACACCAUGAGCUACAACCCCUCCUACUGCUGUAUCCUCGGCCUGACACUGGGCCCCUUCUUCACACAAACACACUGGGACCCGCAGCGAGUUCCCAAGACCAUCACACAACUAUAUUGCGACUAUAUUUACAACAUCCUGAAAAACCACGGCCGUGAGAUUGAGAGCCCCCGUGAGGUGUUACUGAGGGUUGGUCAGAUGGCCUUCACUGGAGUGGCUGAGAAGAACAUUGUGUUCACAGAUGGAGAUUUGAUCAAAUACAAUCUGCAGCCUUCCCAGUUCCUGUCCGGGUUCCUGAUGGAUCUUUUGGAGAGAGAGGAUUCAGCCCGGAGCGUGGUGUACACCUUCCCGCACCUCACCGUCCAAGAGUUUGUAGCCGCACUCGCACAAUUCCUGACUCCAGAUCCCGGAAAUAUUUUGAAACUCCUCAGUGAAGCCCACAGCACGACAGAUGGGAGAUUUGAAGUGUUUCUCCGUUUUGUCGCUGGUCUCGCCUCUCCCGGGGCAGUUCAGGGCCUGGAGGAGUUUCUGGGUCGAUUUCGUCAACAAACAACCUGCCGAGUGCUUGACUGGGUGAAGGAGGAGGUUAAACGCCGGGCUGGAAAUACAUGGACUAAAGCUGAUAAAAUGAGCCUCCUGAACGCAAUGCACUACAUAUUUGAGUCUCAGAAUCAUGCACUGGCUCAGCUGGGGAGUGUGGAAACACUUUCAUUUUGUGGACUGGAACUCACCCCGAUUGACUGCGCGGUCCUGUCUCAUGUCAUUGGGCUGUGUGAUACAAUCAAACACCUCGAUCUGGAGUACUGCUGCAUUCAGUGUGACGGUCUCCGGCGGCUGGGACCGGCUCUGCACAAGUGUCAGUACUUGGGACUGGGAGGGAACAGGCUGGGAGAUUCCGGAGUGAAACUGCUGUCUGCGGCUCUGGUAAAUGCGGACUGUAAAAUACAGAGACUGGGGCUGUGGCGUAUCAACCUCACAGAUUCUGGUGCCAAGAUUCUCGUCACCGCUGUUUGUACAAACCGCUCACUGAUGGAACUGAACCUGGGAGGAAACGACCUGGGAGAUUCUGGAGUGAAACUGGUGUCUGCAGCUCUGAGGAACCAGGACUGUCAAAUACAGAGAUUGCAGCUGCAAUGUGUCGGUCUCACAGAUUCUGGAGCCGAGGAUCUCGUCUCUGCCCUCAGUACAAACCACUCACUGAUGGAGCUGGAGCUAACUGAGAAUAAAUUGGGAGAUUCCGGAGUGAAACUAGUGUCUGGGGCUCUGAGGAAGCCGGACUGUAAACUACAGAAACUGUGGCUGGGCCGUGUCGGUCUCACAGAUUCUGGAGCCGAGGAUCUCGUCUCUGCUCUCAGUACAAACCACUCACUGACGGAGCUGGACUUGGGAGGGAAUGGCCUGGGAGAUUCUGGAGUGAAACUGGUGUCUGCGGCUCUGAGGAACCCUGAUUGUAAAAUACAGAGACUGGGGCUGUGGGCUGUUGGUCUCACAGAUUCUGGAGCCGAUGAUCUCGCCUCCGCUCUCAGCACAAACCGCUCACUGACGGAGCUGAACCUGGGGGACAAUGAACUGGGAGACUCUGGAGUGAAACUGGUGUCAGCGGGUGUUAGGAACUCGGACUGUGAAAUGCAGCGACUGUGGCUGGACAGUAUCAAUCUCACAGAUUCUGGACUCGAUGAUCUAGCCUCCGCUCUUAGUACAAAGCUCUCACUGCUGGAGCUGGAGCUGGGAUCAAACUCCCUCACAGACCGAUCUGUUGCCUCUCUUCGCCGCCUCAUACUUGCCCUCCCGAGUCUGGAACGGAUCAGGUUGGGGAGUAAUCGGUUCAGUGCAGAUGGACGGAACCAGCUGGAGAGUCUGCGUGGAAUCAGACCUGGGCUGAGUGUGGAGCUGUGAACAUCUCCAUGUGUGAACGUCACCUCCCAGGGAAUAGGAAUAAUGUUGGCCAAUUUCCCGCCCACCCCUUUAAACGGCGGCGCUCCGGGAUUAAACCCCAGUGGUUCCCGGCUCGGGCCGGGCGGGCUGUGACAUGAGAGGCAGCCGUAUUGACACGUGACCCGGACACGAGGCGCUGCUGCUGAUGCCGAUAUCCGGUGCUGCCCCCAGUUUGACAGGUGAAUCACAGCAAUCUAGGAUGUGACUUGAUCAUCUUCUUAUCGAGUCAACAUCACAAGAUUAUGAUAUUGUUCAUACACGACUGAGCACACUUCUCGGCGUCUUCAUUGUCGGCAGCGAGAUCGGCUGAUGUACAUUGGUUUUCCAGUUGAGGGCACUUCAGCAGGUUUUGCAAUGUUUGUGGUUCAAUAGCACAUUCGCAGGUGACAUGGUUGGAGUUAUAUCCCCACAUGUUUAGAGACACCUUGGCUCUGCCAACACCAGUUCUCAACCAAUUGAGGCAUUUCCAUCUGGCCCAACUUGCGUCUACACCAGGAGGGAGUUGCUCACUUGCCUUCAGUCCAUUGGUAGUUGAGGGAGGUAUCAUCCCAUAUGCAGACUCGGGCUUCACUUGUAAUGCCAGCCUCAAGAGGAGUCACACAGUUACGAAAACCUUUCCUCCACUUUAGGCGGCUCAGAAAUGGUACCUGGCCAAAUAUUGGAUGUAGGGCAUCUAUUAUCUGCCGCUGGCUCUGUAAUUAUGCUCGUACAGCUCACCCCCUUAGUCUAGUUAGUAAAACACUGAGUCAAGCACUGGAUCAACUAUUCUUUAUUCUUCUCAAACAUGAACGGACUUCCUAUACGAUACCUAACCAUAGAAACAUCGAAAAUAAGUGAACGAGGAGGCCACUCGGCCCAUUCAUUGUGAUCAUGCCUGAUCAUCCCCAAUCAAUAACCCGUGCCUGCCUUCCCCCCUUGAUUCCACAAGCCCCUAGAGCUCUAUCUAACUAUCUUAAAUCCAUCCAGUGAUUUGGCCUCCACUGCCCUCUGUGGCAGGGAAUUCCACAAAUUCACAACUCUCUGAGUGAAAACGUUUUUCCUCACCUCACUCUUAAAUGACCUCCCCUUUAUUCUAAGACUGUGGCCCCUGGUUCUGAACAUUUUUCCUGCAUCAAGCUUGUCCAGUCCUUUUAUAAUUUUAUAUGCUUCUAUAAGAUCCCCGCACAUCCUUCUAAACUCCAGUGAAUACAAGCCUAGUCUUUUCAAUCUUUCCUCAUAUGAUAGUCCCGCCAUUCCAGGGAUCAAUCUCGUGAACCUACGCUGCACUGCCUCAAUCACAAGGAUAUCCUUCCUCAAAUUAGGAGACCAAAACUGUACACAAUACUCCAGAUGUGGUCUGACCAGAGCCCUAUACAACUGCAGAAGAACCUCUCUACUCCUGUACUGAAAUCCUCUUGUUAUGAUCCAACCGUGGGUCCGAUCCUUAAUCAGGAUCCUUAAUAAUAACAUACAGUUUAGACAAAUGUUGCUCUUAGUAUUUAUUCGGGUGUGCCAUGGUAAUUGCCCUUUUCACCAUUGCUCCUAGAUCUUUAGCACUUGCUGGACCAUUUACUUUGCUGGUGAAAUGUGGAGCAACCGCUGCAGCCCUUUUCCAUAAUUUCACUGGUACCUCGGCGUACUACGCAAUGCCCUCCUUGCCUUUAACUAGUGCCAAAAUUCUUAUUUCCUGUCCUUCAUACGGUUUAAAGAAGGCUUCCAUCUCCCUAUCCUUACCACUCCUGUCGUAAGCCAAUGUAAUAUGGUGUGGAGGUUCUUCAUCCAAAUCUAAGGACCACCAUUGGAGGGUCACUGUCGAAUAACACUGCCUUUCGGGAGCCCAGGGGGUCACUACUAUCCCACCAUUGCCGCACUCGAUCUUUAAUUGAAAUGCACAGAGCAAAUCUCUGGCCAUUAAAUUGCAAUCCACUAUAAACCCACUGACUCCCAUGGCUAUCUGGACUACACUUCUUCCCACCCUGCUUCCUGUAAGGACUCCAUCCCCUACUCCCAAUUCCUCCGCCUACACCGCAUCUGCUCCCAGGAUGAGGCGUUCCACACCAGGGCAUCAGAAAUGUCUUCAUUCUUCAGGGAACGGGGGUUCCCCUCCGCCACCAUAGAUGAGGCUCGCACCAGGGUCUCUUCCAUACCCCGCUACACUACUCUCUCUCCCCAUUCCUGCACUCGCAACAAGAGCAGAGUCCCCCUAGUCCUCACCUUUCACCCCACCAGCCGUCACAUACAGUAAAUAAUCCUCCGCCAUUUCCGCCACCUCCAACGUGACCUCACCACUCGUCACAUCUUCCCAUCUCCCCCCAUGUCUGCCUUCUGCAAAGACCGCUCCCGCUGCAACUCCCUUGUCAAUUCUUCCCUCCCGCACCACCCCCUCCCCGGGCACUUUCCGUUGCAACCACAGGAGGUGCAACACCUGUCCCUUUACCUCCGCCCUCGACUCCAUUCAAGGACCGAAGCAGUAGUUCCAGGUGCGACAGAGGUUCACCUGUAUCUCCUCCAACCUCAUCUACUGCAUCCGCUGCUCUAGAUGUCAGCUGAUCUACAUCGGUGAGACUAAGCGCAGGUUGGGCGAUCGCUUUGGUCCGCAAGAACCUACCUGACCUCCCGGUGGCUCAGCACUUCAACUCCCCCUCCCAUUCUGGGCCAUUGACAACGCCCAGAGGAUUGUCGGCUGCCCUCGCCUUACCUUGGAGGACUUACACAGUUCCCGCUGCACCAAAAAAUCCCAGAGUAUCAUAAAGGACAUUUCCCACCCCGGACACUCCCUGUUUGAACUGUUGCCGUCAGGCAGACGGUACAGAUCUACAAGGACAAGGACGAACAGACUAAAAAACAGUUUUUACCCCACUGCUAUAAAAGCACUAAAUGUAGCCGCCAAGGAACGCAGGGGCGAGACAUACUAAGGGACUGUGGUACACUGUGAAAUCGACAGAAGGAUGGAGGGUUGGGUGUUUAUGCGUGCUAUUUUCGUGAUAUUUAUUUUAAUUGUUUAUCUUUUAAUAUUUUACCUUGUAUGUAUCGUUAGCUUUUAGAAAUGUUUGAAUGGUGCACUGACUGGCUGACAUUUUUAAAUUUCGUUGUACAUGGUUCAUGUUACAAUGACAAUAAAGAAACUAUUCUAUUCUAUUCCCAA